AUGUCCACUCGAGGGAGAACCAAUGUUGAUAUCCAGUUUAUCGGAGUCAACUAUCUGUUCCUGGAAAAUGUUCGAGCUGAUCGUGAUACUCAGCGGUCUAUCCUGUGGCGCGUCUUUGCAAAUGAUGCAAUUCACUAUCGUACCUCGGAGAGGAGCCUACCCGUGAGCACAGACACAGACGUUGGGUUCAACCGUGUUCCAUUGCUUCUGAUUCUGAUCUGGAACGAUGUAUCCUCAGAAUCCCUGUUCUCUUCCCCCUUUCGUGUCCACUCGAGCAAUCCCGCCGAAGAGGAAGGGCGCCGCGGCAGAUGA